AUGCCCCCCACAUCAGCGCCCAGAAACUUGAGCGUGGAUAGCCAGCGAUCAGAUGCUGUCUCAAGGAAGGGCAGUGUCGACAGUCAAGCAAACACGCCCGAGGCUGUCGCACCUCAGCCCGCCGAAAAGCCACGAAACACGGAAGCAGAGCUCCCACCGACACCAGAGGAAGAACAAGACACCAAGGUCCCUGCACCACCCAAGAAGGUCUUCACGGGUCUUCCCUCAAACCCUCGUGUCAAAGCCCCGGCAUCGCCCCUUCACUUUCGCGGCAAAAGCAGCUCAGGCUUCAACGUCUUGAAGGCAACGAGGCCGGCUCCUCCAAUCCCCACGAUGCAAUUACACACCAUUACGCCCGAGAUGACACCUUCCCCGACGUUGAAGCCAGUCCUGGCAAAGAAGGAUGCUGAGAUCUCUCCGGUUUCCCCACUGCCACCACCAAAAGAUGAGAGACGGCCUUUUAGCUUUGAACCUGCUGUUUCUACCACCGAGCCCCAGCAACAGCCAACAGAGCAGAAGGAAAACCUCGCAACGUCGGAAUCACCAUUUCAAGCCGCCACUCCACCGGCUGAGACGCAACUACCCAUCCGCACCACAUCACUAGACCCACCCGAACCAUCCCCGGGCUUCCAACGACCCACAAGUGCCCCAUCAUCCCGCCCAGCAUCAUCCGACCUCCAAGAUUACAACCUCUCCCCCUUCCCGGGACCUUCGGUCCCAACAUCGCCCGUUGACGACUUGCGCACAGAAUCAGCAACCCCACCCACACCGCCUCCCUUCGAGCCCCUAACCCGCCGACCAAUCCCUUUGCCCGUGUCUUACAUUCCACGUAUCACGCCCGCACAACUCUCCUGCUACACAAGACAUUGCCAUAACAUCUGGUCUAACAAUAUUUUCCAGCCCAUGGGCUGCAUGGUGUGCCGUGAGAACGACAAAGAUAGGAAGUGGGCGUGCAGAGACUUGGGAACGCUGAUGCAGAAGAGAGAUAAGGGGGAGGUUAUGGCGCCGGGAAUGAAGCUUAAGGAAGACAGGUUUACGAUGGUUGUUGAGGACAUUGAUGGGGAGGAAAAGGGAGAGGGAAUGGAUAGUGAUGGUAUUGCGUAA